AUGGGUGGUGGCGGGCUGGAGAGCUGCAGACCUCCGCUGGAGCCAGGAGCUCGGAGCGCAGCACGUUGCCACGGAGACCGACGCGGCGCGGGACCCAAGGCAGCUCCCCAGCAGAGCGCGCCUUCGCAGGCGGGGGCUGCACUCUUCCCCGCGGCUCCGGGAGCCCUGGGGGGCAGCUCCGGGUCCAGGCUGAGGGCGCCGCCCGUUGCUUACCUGCUUCGCUGGGCGAGAGAAGCGUCCUCGGUGGGGCAGGGUUCCCCCGGCUGUGGCGCCUCCGGGCGGGCUGCCGGGGCGGAGCUGCGCGGGGGAGGGCGGGAGGGGCGCGGGGCGCGAGCGGCCGGGGACGCGCCCACACCGUCCACCCGGAAGAGGGCCGGGGAGUUUGCUCGGUUGCCUUAG